AUGGGGAACGCAAUGUCUGCCAGUUUUGCACCGGAAUGCACCGAGCUGAAGAAGCAGUACGAUGACUGUUUCAACGAGUGGUACAGCGAGAAGUUUCUCAAGGGGAAGUCGAUCGAGAACGAGUGUUCGAAGCAGUGGUACGCGUACACGACGUGUGUGGACGCGAAUCUCGUGAAGCAGGGAAUCAAGCCGGCGCUUGACGAGGCCCGCAAGGAGGCGCCCUUCGAGAACGGCGGGGCCAUCGAACAGCAGGACCAGUAG